UAUUGUAUAAAUUAAUGUUUCUAAUUUUUUUUUAUAAUUUCUUAUUAGAUUUGUAAAAACGAAUCUGAUAAGUUUACUUCUAUUCUGACGUUUAAAAAAAAUAUUAACGUCAAAAUUGUCACAUUAUGUCCAAUUAGAAUAAUGAUGUAAGUCGACGAAAUAAACAGAAAUUUACAAAAAAAGGCUUAAAAUAUGACUGAGCAGUCCCAAUAUUAAAAAUGAGGGAAAAUAUUAAUGCUGCUUCAAAUUGCAUAUAAAUCUCAACCAAAAAACUGCAAUUAUUAGUACAAUACAGUCUCAUAGUUUGGUAUCAACAAUGUCAACAAUUCGGUCUGCAGCAGCAAGGAUAUUCCGCUUGGUCCCAGGUCCAGUGAGGCUGGUAACGGUGCCGGUCAGGCGCUGUUCAACAAACAGCCUAAGUUCUAAAUCUUUAUCCAUCUCGAAUCGACGACGAUAUGCAUUGCAUGCAGCCACAGUCGGACUAGCACUCAUUGCAGCUGAUUAUGUAUAUAAUGAAAAAAGGUUUUUUAAAGCUGCAAAAGUUGGAAAUGUCCAGGAACUUAGAAAGCAAGUGGAAACAGCCAAAAACGAUGGCCGAAGUUCUGGUGGUGGGGAUGAAGAAGGUGGUCCUGCUGACCGGCGACACUCGCUCGGCUGGACCGCUCUAAUGGUCGCCGCUGCCAACGACCAGUCAGCAGCAGUAAAAGAGCUACUCCGCCUUGGAGCAAAGCCCGACCUUCGCGAACAGUACGCGGGUGCCUCCGCAACCGCCUCCGCCACUGGACUGCAUCCACUGGAAGUAUUACAGAGACGAGAGGAUGAAUUCUGUAGUGCCAUGAAUGCUCGUGCGUCUUUUCUAGGCUGGACGGCACUUCACUACGCAGCGCUAGCAGAUUCUUCAGUAUCUGCCACGGCACUUCUCGAGGCCGGCGCCGAUCCAACUGCUAGAGACCACGCCGGCCGACGAGCGCUUCAUUACGCCAGGGAUCCUUCCCCCACACGAGACGUAAUCCUCGAGCACAUACGACAUUGGGAGGAAAAGGUUGCAGCAGCCGCAGCCGAAGAACGACGUCGAUUUCCUCUCGAACAGAGGUUAAAACAAUACAUCGUCGGACAGACGGCCGCUAUAGAAACGGUUGCAGCGGCCGUGCGCCGGAAAGAAAACGGCUGGGCGGACGAGGAACACCCGCUAGUCUUUCUCUUUUUGGGAAGCUCGGGAAUAGGAAAAACGGAAUUAGCAAAACAAUUGGCCAGGUACAUGCAUCGAGACGACCCCUCGGCAUUCAUCCGGCUGGAUAUGUCCGAGUACCAGGAGAAGCACGAGGUGGCCAAGUUGAUCGGCGCGCCGCCGGGCUACGUGGGCCACGAAGAGGGCGGGCAGCUGACGCGAGCACUCGCCCGCCGCGCGGACGCUGUCGUCCUCUUCGACGAGGUGGACAAGGCUCACCCCGACGUCCUCACCGUUCUCCUUCAACUUUUCGACGAGGGUCGCCUCACGGACGGCAAGGGCAAGCUGAUCGAGUGCAAGAACGCGAUCUUCGUGAUGACGUCAAACCUGGCGUCGGAUGAGAUCGCGCAGUACGGGCUGCAGCUAAGGCGAGAGGCGGAGGCCCGCGCCGAGCAACGCGUGCGACCAACUGCCGGGCUCCCGUCCGGGGGAGCUCCCCCGCCUACCGGUGACGACCUGGAGCCGAGGAAGGAACACGACGAGAACUCGGAGGUGGGCGAGUGCGAGGAGGAGGCGCUGCAGGUGUCGCGCAAGUUCAAGGACACGGUGGUGCGGCCCAUCCUCAAGCGACACUUCGGGCGGGACGAGUUCCUCGGCCGCAUCAACGAGAUCGUGUACUUCCUGCCGUUCUCGCGCCAGGAGCUGCUCGCGCUCGUGCAGAGGGAGCUGCGCGCCUGGGCGGAGCGCGCGCGCGCCCGCCACGACGUGGAGCUGCGCUGGGAGGGCGGCGUGCUGGGCGCGCUCGCCGACGGGUACGACGUGCACUACGGCGCGCGCUCCAUCAAGCACGAGGUGGAGCGGCGCGUGGUGAGCCAGCUGGCGCUGGCGGCGGAGCGCGACGCCGUGACGCGCGGCUGCUGCGUGCUGCUGGCGGCGCGCGCCGGCCGCCUCACGCUGGCCGUGCGGGCGCCGCGCGCGCAGGACUACGUGCCGCUCGACCUCGCCGCGCUCUGA